CCGCCCUCCCUCUCACCCCCGCUUUCAGCGCGGGAAACUGAGGCUCGCGGCUGCGGGAAGGGUAGGACGACCCCAGUUUUACCGACACGCUGGGCACGUGGUCAUCGUCUUCCUAGCAGAUGAGUUGUGAGGCCUCGGGUGGCCCCGGCUCUUGGGGAGGCUCGGCCCAGGGUCCCCGGGCUGUGCCGACUGGGUGCAGGAUUCCCUGGCGGAGGUCAUGUAGGGCUCAUGGUGCGCCCGGGUCCUGCCAUGCCUGCGCGUGCAGCCGGAAACCUGCACAGCGAGCCGCUGCUGGUAACCCAGUGGGAUGAGAAAAAAGGCCUAUGGAGACGCUGCCACGAGCCAGGACCGAGCUCAGAGCCAGAGGGAGAAAGAAGAGUGAAAACCAGGCUGACCUGACCCGCAGCUACAGCACUGGGUCGGGCAUGUCACACAUUAAUACUAUAUGUCGCCUCUUAUUAUUCUGACCAUUUCCUUUGUUUUCAUAACGUUCCAAGGGCAGGGACGUGCCCUUUUAUUCUCUGCCUCCCUCCCAAUUAGCUCAUUGCUUUCUAAAUGGGAGUCACUCAGAUGUUUGUGAUGAAUUGAUUCUCCAGGGCCGGCCCCAAUGUCUGCAUUUCUUGUGUUCCACACAGUCCGCAUCCUGUUAGGGAUAUUGGAGGGCUUCUGGGUUGUUAGUGAAAGUGAUAAUGUAAUAAAUAGCCUUAUGAUAGUUGUGUCAAAAUUUGGGAUUAUACUGAGUUUACUCUGUCGUUGGACUUCAAUGAUUUGUCAUGGGUGUAGGACUUAUCACUAACCCUGAUUUUACGAUGGAGCGAUCAGAAGGCCUAGAUCCUGGUCUGGCCUGUAGAGAGUGGAGGGUGCAUGAAGCAGGCAUGGGACAGGCCCUGGGGCGCACGCGCCGUGGAAUUCCUUGCAACUGUUUAAUCAGACACCCUUAUUAUGAUAGGUAUUUCCAAACAGGACAUUCGGGAGCAGAUCUGGGACUACAUGGAAUCACAAAAUAUAGCUGACUUUCCCCGGCCUGUCCAUCAUAGGAUUCCCAACUUCAAGGGCGCUGCUUGGGCCGCUGAGCACUUCCCACGCUUGCUGGCGUUCAAAAUGGCCAGGACCAUUAAAGUCAACCCUGAUGCUCCCCAGAAAAACGCUCGCUUCUUCGUCCUCGACAGCAAAAAAACAUUGUUGGUUCCAACACCAAGACUGAGAACAGGAUUAUUUAAUAGGAUCACACCACCCCCUGGGGCAACUAAAGACAUCCUGAGAAAAUGUGCCACCUCGCAGGGCGUGAGGGACUACAGUGUUCCCGUGGGCUUGGACGCCAGGGUCCUCGUGGACUUAGUGGUGGUGGGCUCCGUGGCCGUUUCCGAAAAAGGCUGGAGAAUUGGGAAGGGAGAAGGUUAUGCUGACCUUGAAUAUGCCAUGAUGGCGUCGAUGGGAGCAGUCAGCCAGGGGACGCCAGUGGUCACCAUCGUCCACGACUGCCAGGUCGUCGACAUACCUGAAGCGCUCCUCGAGGAUCACGACCUCACUGUGGACUAUAUUCUCACUCCAACCAGAGUCAUCACCACGGGGUGUGAGCGCCCAAAACCAACAGGAAUCACGUGGUCUAAGAUCAGCAGUGCGAUGAUGGGAAGAAUCCCAAUACUCAGAAGCCUUCGCUCCCGAGAGAAGCAGGCCGGGAGAGACGUCACGCUUAAGAAUGAGCACCCACCCCGAGAAGCCCGCAGCCAGCACGCAGCUCCGCCGGGCGCUGUAAGAAGACCCGGGGACCCAGCCCAGCCGGAGGCAUGUUCCCCGCAGGGGGAGGAUGUGCCUUCCGACACUGUUUACGUGGGGAACCUCCCCCGGGACACGCGAGUGAGUGAGCUGAAGAGAGCCCUCCGAGAGCGGGGCGCAGCCCCACUGCGGCUCACCUGGCAGGGCCCACAGCACAGGGCCUUCCUCCAUUUCCAGGACCCAGCCGCUGCCCAGCAGGCCCUCUCCCGCUUACAGGGCUUACACCUGGGUGCCAACACCCUGAAGGUGGCGCUGGCCCAGCAGCAGAGGGCCAGUGACCUGGCAGGUGGCCAUGCUAGAGAGCCGCACCCAGACCAUUGACCAUCAGUGACAGCUGACCUCCGGAGGCCCGCGCGGUAGGAUGCGGCCCAACUGUUGCUACACAAGCUGCGUUGACCAGGUUGGUUCUUUCUAGGAAGUCACAGCCGCAGGCCCUGCCUCCCGGUGAUCUCCUGACGAGGAGGGAAGUUGACCAGCACACUUCCUCCUCUCGGGAGGCUGAGCGCCCCAUGGAUUCAGUUCUGUUUAUCGUGGCCCUCAGCCCACUGGAUGGCAUAGCCAUGCUGGUUCUCUGGGGAGACCGCAGUUGGAGGGUUUAGGGGACCAAUGAGCAAUAAGCGAGUGGGAGUAAGUGGUGACAGUGGAUUAGAAGAGUCUGAGGCCCCGGCAGGACCAGACGCAGGAGCAAACCAGGACGCGCUCGUGCCCAGGACCCUGCCCGGCACUGCUGGAGGGAAAGCUGCAUUCACAUUGCAGAAGCCAGGCACCUCCGCCUCCUGGGUACAAGCCGCUUGUCUCAGCUCAGUCCUGGUGUCGGAAAUGGAGAGCUGGUGCGACAUGGACCCUUGGUGGAGCGGUCUCCCCUCUGUCCUCGCCUUACCUUUCCAGCCCUCCUCCUCCCCUGGGUUUCGCUCUGCACUGGGCCAGCGGGCCCGCACACAGCAGGAAGUGCUGGCUUAUAGGAGACAGUGGUUUUAGGAACUGACCAUGCAGGCCUGAAUCACAGGCAGAGUCCGCAAGCGCUCUCGCACUCCCAUUUGCCCAAUGCCUAUGUUCUCCGAGUUUCUUCCUCUAGUUCCUUGUUCCUAAAAAACAAGCUGGAUUUGGGCUGAACUGUGCUUUCUAAACAGAAGCACUUUUGCAAUUGAUCCUGGGCACAACGUCAAAAUAAGCAUUUAAGUGGAGGCUUUAUUUUUCCAAAUGUACACGCAUUGGAAAUUUUAUUUUUUCACCAGGGGGCCUUCCUGUGUAUUUUAAGUACAUUAUGAUGCCUCAAGAGGCCAGGCCCUGCACGAACUUUCAAGAAAAUAUUCUUAAGGUACUCAGUCUCCCUUGGAAAAAACAUUUCCUUUUUGGUUUUACAAUGAAAAUACUGUGGAGACUUCGGAAAGAAAAUCUAUCCAAAUGGACAGAUAUUUCUCUAAGAAAAUCUAUCCAAAUAGGUAUUUCUCUAGCAAAAUGGGACUAUUCAGGAACAACGAAGAAUUGUAAUUCGGGAUGCAGGGUCUAAUGGCAAACCGUGUGAAAGCCUUGAGAAACGAAGGAGAGGAAUGCUCUUUUAUGGACUUGGGAGGAGCUGUUGUAAACAAAGAGCCCAUUGGAGGAAACUGAAAGAUGGAAGUGUAGUGACUUUCCAUUGGCUGAGCUGUCACUAGGCCAGAAGGAAUCCUUUCUUCCUCCUGCUGAGCAGCAAGUAGAAUCCUGCCAUGGGAGAUGCGGGGUGGUCCCUCCUGUUGGGGUCAGUAGUGUGCAUAGAGUGGCACGUUUGAAAGAACUCUCUUGCAGCUUCUGGACUCCACUUUCAACGAGGUUUCACCAUCCUUAGAUUUGUUCAUUAAAUGCAGACUCCUUUUCCAAGCUGUCAUGAAUAAAAUGAGAGUAAAUACCUUAAAACGGACCAGGGCCUUCCCUGCCUUGGGACCUCUGGGCUUCCUCUCUCUUGGCCUGAACUGUCCACCGUCGUCUGCAGGGCUGGUUUUGUUUUGUCACUAGGCGUUCAGCAGUGAUGUCAGAGGCCGACUCUGGCCACCCAACCCAGAGUAGCGAGCUGAUCAUCCUAACUCCUCACUGUUUCCUUUUUAGUUUUUCUUUUUUCCCGGAAUACCUCUUGUAUUUGGCAUGUUCUUGUUUGGUUUUUGUUGACGUUUUCACUGUUGACUAGCACUCCAGAACAGGAAAUGUGUCACUGCUGAUCUUCACUCCUGCUGUACCCCAGCUGCGAGCAAGUCCUGGCACAUACAUCGCAGCUCGGGAAACUAACAUGUGGAUGGAUUCACCCGAGCCAGAGAGGGAAAGGAGAGCAUGAUGAUACCGCCCGACGCCCUGUGUCCAGUUGUGCAUGCGCCAGCCUGCCGUGGACGGCGUUACCCCCAUCAAUAGUGGUCCCUCUUGGUUAAGCCAGGUCGCUUGGGUAUUCUGUCACUCACAGCCAGAAUAAUCCAGAUGAAUGAUACACAGAUCUGAAUGAGUUUCAUCAUGUUUAUAUUUGCGAGAACGUAGUAUAAGGAAAACUAAAGUCCACGUGCCUGAAAUAGAAGUCCCCCAAACGUAGCAGCCUGGGCCCACCUUUUACCCUCCGUCCUGCCUCAGACAGGCCUGGACAGGCUUCCUCAGAGCCGCCAGGAAGAGCACUCAGAUUGCAGGACAAGCGCUGAGGGACCCAGCUUUUUGUUCCCAAGACUCAAGUACUUGUCGGAAUCAUAAUUGUAUAAUUCACAUGACGAUAAUGAGGUUGAAGACUGGAAAAUGACCACUUGACAACAUGCCGAGAAAUAUAGA